AUGAAUAAUUUAAAAAUCCAAGCCAUUCGUUUGUAGAUUGAAAAAAUAGUUCAUCUUGAUCCAAUCCUUCAAUCACUUCUCAAUUCUAAAUCGAAUCAUAAAAAUUAUUCACGUUCUCUUUUCAAGAAUUAGUUGAAUAGAUCAUAUGUAAACAAAAACAAUAGGAUUUUGAAUAACAACAAAGAUCUAAAAGGAUUCUAUAAUUGGAGAUACAAGUAUAAAAUACAAACGAUUGAUGUCUUGUGGAACCAAUUAAUUAAAAUGCAUAAAUUUGUAAUAAAAAGAAGAUUUAGAAAAGUUAAUGUACUUGUUACUUACAUACUUUCUAUGUAAUCCAGUAAGAAGAAAAAUGUAGAGAUUCUCAGGACCUCCCAUUUCCAAAUUUCGCAGUAGAAAUAUACUUGAUAGAUUACCAUAAAAUUAUAAAUAGAAAAAGCUAAUA